AUGUUUGACUUUAACUCCACUGGAUUCAAUAAUCCCAAUACAUUUAUUCUUCUGGGUAUCCCUGGGCUAGAAGCCUUACAUAUAUGGAUUUCCAUUCCCUUCUGCUCUAUUUAUGCUAUUGCCUUGUUGGGAAAUGUGAGCAUCCUCUUCAUCAUCAAGACAGAUUCCUCCCUCCAUGAACCCAUGUUCUAUUUCCUCUCCAUGCUGGCCAUCACUGACCUCAUCCUCUCAACAUCAACUCUGCCUAAGAUGCUUGGACUAUUCUGGUUCAGUGACCAUGAGAUCAACUUCCAUGCCUGCCUCACUCAGAUGUUUUUUAUUCAUGCUUUCUCUGGAGUAGAAUCUGGGCUCCUAGUAGCCAUGGCAUUGGACCGAUAUGUGGCCAUCUGCAACCCACUGAGACACUCAUCCAUACUCACCAACCCUGUUGUGGUCCAGGUAGGCAUGGCAGCACUUCUACGGGGCUUGAUACUCAUGAUUCCCCAUCCUUUCCUGGUGAGGAGGUGGCCAUACUGCCGGACCAAUAUUGUCCCACACACUUACUGUGAACACAUGGCUGUAGUGAAAUUGGCCUGUGCUGACAUCUCCAUCAACAGCCUCUACAGUUUAGCUGUCAUCAUCCUGAUUGUGGGCACAGAUGUAACAUGCAUCUCUCUAUCUUACAUUCAGAUUCUCCGAGCAGUCUUCAACCUCUCUUCUAAAGAUGCCCGCUUAAAAACCCUCAGCACUUGCGGCUCCCACGUCUGUGUUAUUCUCACUUUCUAUAUCCCUGCCCUUUUCUCUUUCCUUACCCAUCGUUUCAGUAAGCAAAUCCCCCGCCAUACUCAUAUUCUGUUGGCCAAUAUGUACCUAUUAGUACCCCCCAUGCUCAACCCCAUUAUCUAUGGGGUCAAGACCAAACAGAUCCGGGAUCGAGUUUUACUUUUAUUCCAAACUAAAACCACCAGAGAAAUCUGA